AUGAAAAAGAUGCCAUUACAAAGACCUGAAGACCGCACUGCCACAUCCUCAGCUGCCGGGAAGUCCGGCACACACAAGAGCUGUCUCGUGUGCUCUGAUGAAGCUUCAGGAUGCCAUUAUGGAGUCCUCACCUGCGGAAGCUGUAAAGUCUUCUUUAAGAGAGCAGUUGAAGGGCAACACAAUUACCUGUGCGCUGGACGGAACGAUUGCAUCAUUGACAAAAUCCGCCGGAAGAACUGCCCUGCCUGUCGUUACCGCAAAUGCCUCAUGACAGGCAUGAACCUAGAGGCCCGUAAAACCAAGAAGGGGCGUCAUCCCGGCAAGGUAAUCCAGCAGCCGUCAAUUCCAGAGCACAAUCUUCCUCCGCUGCCUGAGCCUCGGGCACUGGUGCCCAAACCCAUGCCCCAGGUGGUGCCCACCAUGCUGUCACUGCUAAAGGCCAUCGAGCCGGACACCAUCUACGCCGGAUACGACAGCACCAUCCCUGACACCUCCACCCGCCUUAUGACCACUCUGAACAGGCUGGGCGGCCGGCAGGUCAUCUCUGCGGUCAAAUGGGCCAAAGCUCUGCCAGGGUUUAGGAACCUUCACCUGGAUGAUCAGAUGACCCUCCUGCAGUGUUCCUGGCUCUUCCUCAUGUCAUUUGGACUAGGCUGGAGGUCAUACCAGCAGUGUAAUGGAAACAUGCUGUGUUUCGCGCCAGACCUGGUCAUCAAUGAAGAGAGGAUGAGGUUGCCCUACAUGAAUGAUCAGUGUGAACAGAUGCUGAAGAUCUCCAAUGAGUUUGUGAGACUGCAAGUGUCCAACGAGGAGUACCUGUGCAUGAAAGUCCUUCUGCUCCUGAGCACAGUGCCGAAGGAUGGUUUGAAGAGCCAGUCAGUGUUUGAGGAGCUACGUAUGUCUUACAUUAAAGAAUUGGGCAAGGCCAUUGUGAAGAGAGAGGAGAACUCCAGCAAGAACUGGCAACGGUUCUAUCAGCUCACUAAGCUACUGGACUCCAUGCAUGAUAUGGUGGGUGGACUCCUGAACUUCUGUUUCUACACCUUUGUGAAUAAAUCCCUCAGCGUGGAGUUUCCCGAAAUGCUCGCGGAGAUCAUCAGCAACCAGUUACCAAAAUUCAAAGCUGGGAGUGUCAAAUCGCUGCUGUUUCACCAGAAGUGAAGCUCCUCCCAGCAGCAGGACACGAUGCCUUAAACAUCCACCCCGUCCCCUCACUCCCACUCCACCGGGACAGCAGAGGGAGGCGGAGGCGUGUGAGAGAGAGGACCGUAUGCAACCCAGCACACAACUCCAUGAUUGACCACAGUACAGUGGAGUCGGAGGAAGAGACGGGUAAUUAGAGGUUCUAAAAAAAAGCUAACAAACGGCUGAACUGUUGAAAUUUACGUAACCACGAAUAGAUUAUCCCAUACAUGUCGUCUCAGGUGUUUGACUCCCAGCAUCAACUAUUAGUAGAUGAAAGCUAAUUGUCUAAGGUCACUUACUAUGUAGUGUUCCACACGUCUCUUAUUUUUGCAACAGAUGCAGCAAAGCAGCACUUACAGUCCAGUAUGUGCAGAUUAUAUAGUCUAAUCAGAGUAUCCUACUUUUUAACUUCAGAUGAUAACAGUUUGAACAAUAACAUGUACAGAGAUAAUGGCUUCAGCUUCAGCUUAGAAAUACUUUUUGUAUGACAGCAUAUCUACACUGUUUUAAAACAACUCAUGUCAUUAACAGAGUUACAUAUAUACAGAAAAAGGGAAAAUAUGUGCCUUUUUUAUUUUUUAGCUUCUUUCCUUUUUUAGCCAUUUUCUUGACUCGUCCGAACCAGACAUCCAGCACUACUUCUUCAUAGUUGAUUGUACUUUUAUACCCACUUGCACUUGUAAUUUAAGAAAAAAACUGCUUUUUUUUUUUUUUUUGGCAGCUUUGUCAUCAUUAGUGUGAAAAGUGAUCCUUAUCGAUGAGACAUGGAGAUGAGUCUGACGAUUAUUUUUACGCUGAGAAAUGCAAAUCGAGCACUUUCACUCCUUGUAAAUACUUUAAAAGGGGCUGGUUUAGAUUUGCUCUGCAGCAAAGGUGUAUUUGUGUCUAAGAAAGCCAUUUAUUAUGAAAUCCACCUGUUAAUUCAUAUAGGAAUUAUGCAAUGUGAAACAUGAGUUUUUGUCGGUUUUGUUCCUUGGCUUACAUAGUAAUGCCACAGUAUACAACCAAAACAAUGAAUGCAGAUUACAGUACCUAUAACAUUCUGGAUUCAUACAGACAGAUGAUUUGAAUUGUCAGAUACAGUACAAUCACACUUAGCGACACCAAACAUCAACUCAGGCCCACUUCAUUUAUAUUUGCAGUACAAACUCUAGAUCCUGUAUGACAGUGUACAUUUUGUAAUUUUUUUUUAUCAGGUCCAGACUAACCCAUAUUAAACUAACCUUGACCUGUCUUGGUUUAAUCAGUCAAAACCGUGGUGCAGGAGCAGGGUUUUAACUCUCUGGGAAUUUCUACUCACCUGUAUUGUUGAAGUCUGUUAUUUCAGUGCCAAACAUAUAUUGCUUUCAAUUUGUACAAUCUAAAACUGUGCUUGUCCUAACAGUUGGCAAAGGUAUAUAUAUUCAAGAGGGGAAAAAGAGAAGAUCAGAAUAUUUUACAUUUCUUCUGUGGAAGCUUAAUGGAACACUCCACUAUUUUAGAAAAU